AUGAACAAAGCUUUUUUGGUCUUCACAGUACUAAUAUGGCGCGCCACCGCACAAGCACCGCCUGCGGCGGUGGUGCCACCGGAGGCUCAGGGCUAUCUUGAAGCUCACAACAAAGCAAGAGCCGACGUCGGCGUGGCUCCACUCAAGUGGAACAUCCAGCUCGGUAAAGCCACGAGCUUACUGGUGCGAUUUCAGAGAGAUCGACAAAACUGCCAGUUUGCCAACUUAACGAGCGGGAAGUACGGCGGAAACCAGAUGUGGGCCACCGGUGAGGUGGUGACGCCGCAGACGGUGGUGGACAACUGGGUCUCGGAGAAGACGUAUUACACUUACGCCAAUAAUUCAUGUGCACCUAGCCACCGGUGUGGGGUGUAUACGCAGGUGGUGUGGCGGAAUUCGGCGGAGCUGGGCUGUGCUUUGGCUAGGUGUUCUAAAGAUCAGUCAACUUUAGCGAUUUGCUUUUAUAAUCCGCCGGGGAAUGUGAUCGGAGAAAGCCCUUAUUGA